CACGAACAGCUGAUUGCUACUGGCUGCGAAGUGGUAUACAUGUACGACCAGCUACUAUCUAGUCGCUAGACAGCACAGGGACUUAAACAAUAUUUUAAUAUUCUUUUGGACGUAUAAUAUUUAUCGGCAUCAAAAUGAAGACUGUUUCGGAGAUGCUGAUCCGAGCCGACUUUCAACGCAAUAAUACGCGUAACCCGAACGGAGGCCAGCUGAUUCUGAACAGUUCGUUAUUUCAGGCUUCUGCCCUGUCGGGUAACGCUAUAAACCAGCAUGGAGUUGUUGCAUGGAAUGACCAAAAAAAUACAAACACAGAAGUAUCGACGGGAGGAAGGGGAAAGAAAGAGCAGAGGAUCCGACGACCCAUGAAUGCAUUUAUGGUCUGGGCUAAGGAUGAACGAAAACGACUUGCCGAUCAGAAUCCGGACCUUCAUAACGCGGAUCUUAGCAAAAUACUUGGAAAAACAUGGAAGGGUCUUUCCCUUCCCGACAAACGCCCGUUCGUAGAAGAAGCAGAGCGGUUAAGAGUAAAACAUAUGUCUGAUUAUCCAGAAUACAAGUACAGACCACGCAGACGCAAAGGGCCAAAAAGGAACAAACGCUCUAUGUCGACAUCAUCAGCGUCUUCGGAGACUUCAGGUACAAACCCACAGUCGUCCUCGUCGUCACCAUCACCAAUCGAAAGUGAUGCGAACAGCCCAGCGUCUACACAUUUUAAUAACCUGCAGACGCCUGAUACUUCACCAAGAACAUCACCCUCUCCACUGGACAACACUGAUGGCAACUCUACCUCGGAGGAACUUUCACCAAGGUUUCCUCUUCCACCUUUAAGCUCUUUUGCAGGAACCAACGCAUCUGGUAACCGGCAAACAUCACUCCAUAACAGAGGUUUUAUAGCUGCAAUGGGCUUGCCAACGCCAGAGAUGUCUCCGAUUGAGUCGGUAGCCGAUGUGUUUACGUUCAGUAAUGCACCGACGACAAGCAACGGCCAAACACGAAUCUCAAACAAGUUUGAAAAUUUAAACUUAAACUUUAGUAUGAAUAAACAGGAGACCACGGACAAUAGUUUUGUUUCCCAUGUGGCACCGACGUCCGCGUUCCCAGCUUGUGAAACGCUGACACAUCUGCACGAACUGGUCAGUAACCAGUCCAGUCAGCACUGUCAGCCCGGUCUUAACACUAUUUUGUCACCGAAUAUGAAUGGCAACAUACCUCAGCAGAAUUUCAGUGGUCUUUCUCAAUGUGACAUGCAACAUCAGAUGUUUAAUUUAAACUCGAACAUUAACAUGUUUUCAUGUGAGGAUGUUGCCACCAUGUCAUUAGAACAGUUCACAGCAACGGAGCAACUAAAUGAAUUGAACCGCGACGAAUUUGACAUGUACCUCAACGCACCUAUGGUCUUGCCGGACACCACCACGAGCAUGACGUCAUCAGACGUAGCCCUCUUGUCUUCAGUUCUAGCAGAUGCAUCAGCAUCUGUUUACGCAUAAACAAUUGCAGCAAGAAGACAGAUUCCAAAGUCAUUUUAUGGGUAGUCGCAAAAGCGGAUGUUUGUUCGUCUUUUCGAGCUUAAAAAAACAUAUCUUCCAUAUCUUACGACACUUGAAAUACCUCUUCCCGACGGUGAAUGGAUUGUUAAUAUUUUUUUCUACUAAUCAAUUUUUGUAAUGAUAAAGAUUUUUUGGACCAGAUAUAUUUAAAUUUACGCAUUUGAAGACGUUCCUUUAAAGGUGUUCGCACUAUGCAAGCCCAUGAUAUCUCAGUCAGUGAUGACUUAAUAUAUGGGAUUUUAUUAGAUGUACAUACUGUAUACAUAUUGCCGAUGGGCAAUCUCAGAUAUUUGAUGUAAAUGCAGAUAUUUGAUUUUAACUGUAAAGCAUCGAGCAAUUUAAUGUUGUUUAAUCAAGAAAUACUGUAAUUAUUACCGUAAAUUACAAAAUAUAGAAACACCAACCUCGAUUUCAUUGUUCACAUUAUGAGUCAAUUUUCCCAUGAUUGUUCUACAAGACCAUUCCGUUUGGCUACCACUCCAUUGCCCAUUGCAGAGUGACUCAAAAUUACCAAGUGCAAUACUUGCUGGAAUUGUGGAAAAAUUUUCCCAGAAUUCUAGCACAUUUAAAUUGAAAAAGAAAAAUAAAAUCUUACAGUUCGAAGUUUCGCUAGUUAAAGGGUUUAAUGAUCCCUUCUCAUUAAAAAAAAUGCUUAACACACUGAAGGUAAUUGUUUUACAGUUUCAUCAUGAAAUCGGGGUUAGGUCUGUAUUAAAAAUACGAUUCGGGUCCGAGAUACGGUACCGAAACUAGAAUUGGGAAAGGGGACGCUAGUAAAUCUGUAUAAGGUACGGUAUGGGUGAAGGUAUCACUUGUUAUUGUUGUAGUUACAUAGUACUUGACACUGUAGUAUAUGCUGCAAUCUGAAACAGUUGUUUAAUUCAUUUGAAUUAGGUUCGUAUCCAGAUCCUAGCUGCACAUUAUAAGAGUGGAGAUAGGAAAAUGCUGAACGAGUACUAAGGACGAUAUAGGGCGGUGGCUGAGUAUGUUCCGACUAGGCCUAUAUGAAUUGUGCAAUUUGUGAGUUUAAAAGGGAAAAGCCUGUAUACGACGUUCACGUCUACAGAUAUUUGAUCUUGUAGACCGAAGUGGUCCUAACAUGCAAUGUGUGUUGAUGCACAAAGGUUUAGAUUUAUUAGGGCGUGUGUGCUUUUAUCGUUCUGUUAAUUUGCGAGCAAUGUAGGCAUUUUGUUUUUGGGCAUUCAUUUCUAUAUAUUUCUUCUUUUUUAAAAUAACAAUAAACACAGAAGAAGAAGUAUAUGGUGCUGCAUUUUAUAAUAUUUGGGAUUUUGAAACAUUUGGGUUGCAUUUAUGUAUAUACGCUUCUAGAUUCAGACGAUCCGUUUAAUAUAGUACACAUAACCGAGGUUUCAUUAAUUUAACUUUUAAGAACAGGAUGCAUCAUCAACAUAUAUACAGUAGGCGUACUUUUACUAAUCAAGCUACUGUACAUUUCUGGUCAUUUUACUGAAGAACAGUACGGUAUAUAGUCAUAAGCGAUAUUAUUUUCCUAGGACCGCAUCAAUAUCUUUUAUUCAAUUUUUCAUUCCACAUGAAGGGAUAGGACACUUAGUCAAUUGUUAUUUUGAGAACAUUCCGAUAUUAAAGCGGUCGGAAUCAAAGGCACUCUAAAUUGGAAGCAGAUCAUAGAACAACAUUCUACCGACGCUCAGAAGGUUUUUUUAUAUAUAUUUUUCGUUAUCAACCGAGUUUUAAACAUAAAUUUUGUAAUCAUAUCUUUAUCUCAAUUGGUAAAAUAUAAUGGAAAUCGAUUUGUAAUUUAAGUCUUUUUUUUAACUGCUGACUAAGGUAUGUGCUGGCAUAACCCUUAAGCAGUUUUGUGUUUUUUAAAAUACGUUUGCUAAGAAAUUAAUAAAUAUGAUUUGAUUAGCAUCAUUUAAA